AUCGAAUCAGAACAACAUCAACAUGCACCGAAUGUGUUUCGACGAUGCCUCGUGGGAAAAAAGCGAAGAGGUCUCCGACUCGUUCGCCAUCCAAUUCCUCAGCCCCGACGUCCUAAGACCGGUCGGUGGCUUUCUCGUCCGGCAUCACAGCCCCGACGACCCUGAGCAAUUUUCCAUUUUGCAGAAAGGCGCGUUCAAUAUCUCUCUGCAGAUGGAGUACGAGAACGGUAGCUCUGCUGUGAUGAGAUUCCCGCUCCCCGGUGCUGCGAUGUUUCCUGAGGAAAAGGUUAAGAAUGAAGUCGCUGUUAUGCGGUAUAUUCAGGACCGCACGUCCAUUCCAGUUCCUUUUGUUCUUCACUGGGGUGCUAAAACGGAGAGUCCGUUGGAGUUGGGUCCGUUUGUUCUUAUGGAGUAUAUCGAGCACGAUACGAACAUGUACGAUGCUCUUAAUAUCCCUGGAUGUCCGAGGGCAGAGCGUGGAAUCCUUGACCCGGAUAUCAGCGAGGAGAAACUGGAAACGCUGUACGGAGAAGUAGCCAACAUCCUUCUUCAGUUUUCUACACUCUCCCUACCCCGAAUUGCGUCCUUAGAUCAAAUAGACGAUUUCACAUGGGAAGUCACACGUCGACCGCUAUCGAUGUCCAUGAACGAACUCAUUCGACUAGGAUCUCUACCUCAAUCGAAAUUACCAUGCACGACAUUCGACACUGCAUCUUCAUAUUUCGAGGCUCUGGCUGAACUGCAUAUUUCUCAUCUAGCCAACCAACGAAACGACGCCAUUGACUCCGCCGAUGACUGUCGCCGCAAGUUCAUUGCUAGACGCCUCUUCCUGAAACUCGCUCGAGAAGGCCGGCUCACAGGAAAACAGUCACGUUUUGAAAACGGUCCGUUCAAACUCUGGUGCGAUGACUUUCGUCCCGCGAAUAUCCUUCUCAAUCAGGAUUUGAAAAUCGCCGGCGUCGUGGGCUGGGAAUAUACCUACGCAGCACCGGUGGAAUUCUCCCACGCUCCGCCCUGGUGGCUUCUCAUUGAAAAGCCCGAGUACUGGCCAAGCGGUCUUGAGGGUUGGUGUACGGAGUAUGAGAGACGGCUUGGGACCUUUUUGCGCGCGAUGAUAGUUCAGGAAGACAAAGCGAUUAAGCAGGGCCAAUUAGCAGAGGAGCAGAGGCUUUCUGGUCCGAUGCGCGAUAGUUGGGAGAGUGGUGAUUUUUGGAUUGUCUAUGCGGCAAGGAAUAACUUUGCGUUUGAUGCGAUAUUUUGGGAGAAGAUUGAUGGGCGGUUCUUCGGGUCGAGUAGUUGUUCUGUUGAGGAUGUGUGGAGGGAGAGACUUUAUCUUUUGACUGGUGGAGAAAAAGAGGAAAUGGAGGAGCUUGUGGCUUUAAAGGUCGGAGAGAUGGGAAGCAGAGUUCUAGCAUGGGAUCCGGACGAGUAUACUCUCAGUUAUAUUGAAAAGGCAAAGACGGACACUUUGAAGGAGGAAGAUAGAGUCGAUGAUUGCACCGGUCAGGGUGGCAGUGAGAAUCAACUUUAG